AUGCAACUAUUAUUAAGAGCUCAGUUCGCGGUGUGGCUAUUUAUUGCCACUGUUUGGGCUAGGGAGUUACAUGGAGGUACAACUGUCGACUGGGGUACCCAAUAUGUCGGUAAUGGUGAUGUCCAUAUUUUCUCUGGGGCCAUUUGGUCUAUCAUCAACAAUGCUGCAUCAGAUUUUCAUGGAAACAUUAGAGUUGAUACAAACGCUGGUCUUUACGUUUCUUCUGUUAGCCCAAAUGUUGCUUUGUCUGCCACUUUGAUGGAUAUGAUUUAUGGCUUUGUUAAUAAUGGAGUUGUAUCCUUUAACGCAAUUAAAGGUGCACCAGGAUAUGUGUUUAUGAUUAUGGGUAACAAGUUUGAAAACAAUGGUGACUUGUUCUUCUCAGCUUCGGGCGAAGGUUCAGUUGUUAGUGGUAUCAAGUCAUUAGACUGGCAUAACAACGGAUUAAUCCAUAUUUAUCAAAAAAUGAAGAGUGAUAGUUACACAUAUUUGGGUAUGGAUGCACAAUCAAUCGUCAACAAUGGUCAAAUCUGUUUCACUAAUCAAAACUGGUAUCAACUCGCAGGUAUGAUGGGCUCAGGUUGUAUUACUGCCCAAGGUAAAUCAUCAUUCUACUUUAUCAAUACCAAUUUAAAAAUAUCUGAGGACGAAAUCUUUUACUUGGCCAACGGUGAAACAUCCAUCAUGGCCGUUGGAUCAAUCAAUGACCCACAAACUUUCCACGUUAGAGGUUUUGGAACAACCAAUGGAGUCGCAAACAAGAUUGGUUUGACUGCUACUUUGUAUUCUUCAGUCCCUGGAAAGAGUCCUUUUAGCUACAACGCGAGAGAUGGUAUUUUGACAUUGUACGUUGGAUUGUACUCACAAAACUUUGAAAUUGGAACUGGAUAUGACUUUACCAAAUUCCAGGUUGUAAGUGAUACAAGUAAGGGAAUUCCAGGAAUUUAUUUGGGUGCCGUGCAAUACAAUGGUCCACCACCAAACCCAGGAAUGCCAUCUGAGUGCAAGCCAUGUAAGUCAAUACCAGGAAUACCAGGAGUUGAUAAUCCACCACCAACUUAUUCAAUUGAAACUGCUCUAGAAACUUCUCAUACAACAACAAGGAAAAAUUCUGAUUCCACUACUGGUGCUGAAACGAAAAGUACUAUAGCAAAGUCCGAGACAUCAGAAAGUUUUGAUUCUACGACAACAAUCACAGACACAACAACAACAACGGAAACAACGAUGGUUACUACCACUUGGCUUGUGACUAAAUCAGAUGGAUCUGUUGAAACUGAAACAGGUAUUGUGACACAGUCGGGCAGUUCAUCGAGUACAAUCAGCACCUUUGGGCCACCAUCUGAGACAGAUACUGAGUCAUACGACUCGACGACAACAAUCACAGACACAACAACAACAACGGAAACAACGAUGGUUACUACCACUUGGCUUGUGACUAAAUCAGAUGGAUCUGUUGAAACUGAAACAGGUAUUGUGACACAGUCGGGCAGUUCAUCGAGUACAAUCAGCACCUUUGGGCCACCCUCUGAGACAAUCACUACCUCAGAAAAUACAUCAGAACCAACUGGUGGCGCAUCUGAACCAACAGGCGAACCUACUGGCAAUGCAUCCGAACCUACUGGUAAUGCAUCAGAAUCAACUGGCAAUGCAUCUGAACCAACUGGUGAUGCUUCUGAACCAACUGGUGAUGCUAUGGACGGUAUUUCUGGAUUAAGUGACUACUCUUCAGAAAGUGGUUCUGGAUCAACUGGUGCUACGGAGCCAACCGGCAAGGUACCCAGCUCUACUGGUGCUGGUACGGACAAUGAAACAGGGACUACUAAAACAGGAACACCUACGAGGCUACCAGAUAUGGGAUCCAACUCCAGACCAGGCCUUAAUACUGGUUCCAAAUCCAAUCAAAGCUCAACCACUAAUGCAGCAGUCGGUACUAAGACUGCUUCUGGUAGUGAUAAUGGUCCAGGCGCUAGUACAGAAGCUGAUGAUGACAAUGGCUCCGGUUCUGAUAAUCGUUCAAGCUCCAAUGCUGGUUCAGGUAGUGACAAUGGUUUUGGUUCUAACGCUGGUUCAGACUCUAGUGUAGGGCUUGAUGGUCAUAAUGAUAUUGGUGCUGGCGUGGAUGACGGCUUAUAUGUUAGUUCUAGUGCUACAGGAGAAGGAACAAAUGCACCUACAGCUGUUAAUGAGUCCACAUUGCCAUCGCAAUCUAUUGAACCUACUUCAACUACUGGUAUUACUUCUUAUGAGGGUUUAGCCUCUGUAUUGAAGGUAUCUCCGACCACAAGUAUAAUUGUGUGCAUCAUGAUGAUGGUGGUCAACUUUUGA